UUGUAUCCUUGAUUACACUCUAUCCCGAGGAUGGCGUACAAUUUUUGCACGAGGUUACCGAAGAGAGUUUGGGAACCUGCCUCGGUAGCUUACCCCAGAAGUUUGACAAGACGGCGGUGACGCUGGGGUGGCAGCCGACCAACGUGACCGUGGUCAUCUACGAGAACCCCAACUGCCAGGGCAACAGCAUGGCCAUCUACUCCAAUGGCGCCUACAAGAAGCAGGGCCCGCAAGCCGUCUACACCGAGGACGCCCACUUCCCCAAGCACCUCGGAGACGUGAACCUGCGCUUGGUGUGCAAGUUCGACACGUGUGGCUACUCCAGCACCGCGUACUCUAAGACCGUCUGUGGGGACUGCGCCCCCGACGCCCACGCACCGCCCGUCCCCAAGUCGACGCCGUGCUGGUGCAGGUACACUUGGGGCCAGAGCGUCCGGUCCAUCAGGGUGCUCGGCAGGAACUAAUGUAGUGAAUAAAGAAGCAGAAACGGAGUGAACUA